UCCACAUACGUAAACAAUCUGGAUGAACUUUGGCUUGGUGUUCCUGUUCCGGGAUGGUCACCACUUUUGGAGCAAAGUCCAGGCUGUCCUACUCAAAGGCAAGCAGACAACUUUGUUACUGUGACAACAACACAUUGGAGCAGAAUGGACACAUCGUCGGCGAUUAAGUCGGUCAUCAAGCGGGUGUGGUCCGCGCCCCAGCGUCCGUUCAGGGUGCGCAGUCACAACAGGGAGGCCAAGAAGGGCAUCACGGCCGGGACUCUGGAGGAACUGAAAGAGAGGGUCUGCCGGGCGUUGUCACUGGCAUCGCUGGCGUCCCUGGUCUGCGAGGAGGACGGGACUGAGGUGGACUCUGACGACUUUCUGGCGACUCUGCCCGACAACGUUGGGAUCGUGGCCUUGGAGCCCGGACAGACGUGGCGACCCCCGUCGGGCGCGGACGUGGCCAGAUGUCAAGACAAGAUCAAGUCCAAGGCGGGAAAAGACAUCGCCAGCGUCACCUUGGACCUUUACAAAAUCAGCCCAAAGGAUUUGUUCGGCUCUCUGAGCGUGAAGGCCACUUUUCAAGGCCUGUACUCGGUGAGCGCCGACUUCCAGUGUCUGGGGCCCAAGAAAGUCCUCAGAGAAGCCCUCCGCAUCGCCUCCGCCCUCCUCAACGCCGCCGGUCACCUGCUCAUCACCUCCGCCUCCGUCAUCCGUCGCAUCAUUGAGGGCCCCGAGCUCUGGCAGACGCCACAGAGGGCUUAUCUAAAUUGAAUGAAUGUUAUCGUAUCAAAAAAAAUAAUUUAGUUUGGGGUGGCACUGUUUUGAAGUUGAUUUCGUACGUACGUCUCAUGCAAAAUUCUUAUUGCAGGUCAGUUGGGCUUUUGUGCUGUGCUUUGUGUCAUACCUUUGUAACUUUGUAUCAUCACGAAUCAUCCAUCCAUUUUCUAUAGUACUUGUCCUCAUUUGGGUCAAUUUCCUCCUCAAAUGACCAACAAGCUGGGGCAUACAAUUUAGUCUUCAAUGAACCUGUCACGUUUGUUUCCAAGCGGUCUCCAGCAAAGACAUUGGCACGUGCGCAAGUGGAACAGCUGUAUUGUAAUGUACAUGAAUGAAACAGACACUCGUGUGACCUGACAUAAACCCGUACAAGGAACACUUACUGUCAAGGCAACAAUGAAUAAUAACAUGACCCGAAAGUGUACAUCACUUAAAAAAAAUAAAUUAAAAAUUACAUUUAACUUUGGGAUUGGUCGCAGUUAAAACAAAUAAAAUAACAUUAUUAUCGAAUUAUAAACAUCCUUAAUUUUGUACCCUUAGAACCUUGAAGAACGAUUUUGUUGCAUACAACAUUGAAGCUUUCGGAUGCAAUGAUUCGCAACUACUGUGCUGCCGUAUAUGAUCCAGUUUCAUGUAAUUGGUCCACUAAUUACGAUUUAUUUACCAAAAAUAACGUAUCUUUGUUCAUCUAUCUGCGCCACCAACAAUUAAACGCUCUGCCACUAGAUGGCAGAGGGUCCAAUUGUCGCUUUG